CCCAGUCUCUGCCAACCUCGGCCCUGAGAGAAGUACAUCAACGCAAGCCUUUCCUAUCCAACUUCCUACUUUCACUCCUGUCUUUAUCUUAUUAUACUUUCUCUAUGUUCAAGUUCACAACGCUCCGCGGCCGCUGCUCGGUUCUCCGCUUUGUUCUGCUGGCGUUGGUACUCCUCGCGCUUGUACAUCUGCAUUUUUCACUUCCACCAGGAGCCAAACUGUACCGCCCAAAAUGGAGCUGGAUUCCGCGGUUUUCGAGCAGCAGGUUCUUCCACAAGAAUGGCUACUUCAAUCAGGCAUGCGAUGCGUUGCCGGGCGCUGACCGCAUCGUGAUAACUGUCAAGACCGGAGCUACCGAGGCAUUUGAGAAGGUCCCUGUACAGAUGCUGACGUCCCUGCUGUGCGCGCCAAAUGUAUACGUUUUCUCCGAUAUGGCGCAGAAGAUUGGGGACAUCCAGAUAUACGAUGCGCUAGACACGAUUCCUUCUUCCGUCACGGACGGUAACACGGACUUCGAUAUCUAUCGCAUGCAGCAGAAAUUACAAGAUCAUCCAGAGAAGAUUGCCAGCGUGCUAAGGGGCAUGCGAGAUCCGCGAAGGCCGGAUGAUCUUGCUGCUUGGACACUCGACAAAUACAAGAACCUUCACAUUAUCGAGAAGACCUGGGCUCUCCAGCCAGAUAUGGACUGGUACUUGCAUAUCGAUGCGGACACCUACGUUGUCUGGCCAAGUCUCAUAGAGUGGCUUCAACGGCUUGAUCCUUCUAAAGACGCUUUCUUAGGCUCCCUAUCACUAAUUAACGAUCUUCCUUUCGCUCAUGGCGGAAGCGGAAUCCUACUCUCAGGAGUAGCAAUGCGCAAUUUCCUCGUCACACACAAUGGGACAAUUGAGCGCUGGGAUCCUAAGGUCCAUGACAAUUGCUGUGGGGACUGGAUCCUUGCCCAGGCGCUGAAAGAAUGCGGAACAGAUGUAAUGAACUCAUGGCCUACCAUCAAUGGGGAACCGCCAUCAACCAUACCGUUUGAUAAUGACCACUGGUGCCAGCCAGUCGUGACAAUGCACCAUGUGUCCCCAGUUGAGGCGCAACAGCUGGGAAACUUCGAACAGCAAAGGCUCAAUAAGAGUAAACCAUUAAUAUAUUCGGAGCUCUUCAUGAGUUUUUUUGCGGAUAACAUACCUGAACAGAUGGAAGACUGGGACAAUACAUCUGGAGACGCAACUGUGCUCCAUAUCCACUCGGCAGAAGAAUGCGCCAAGGCAUGUGCCAAAAAAGAGGACUGUUUUCAAUCUCUCUACAAUGGUGAAGAGUGUACCCUAGGAACAAAGAGCAUUGUAUUUGGUAAGAAGCGUGAGCCUGAGGGUGGCAAGAAGUGGCAGAGCAGCUGGAACACAACCAGGAUCAAGGAAUGGAUUGCGAACCAAGAGUCCUGCGAUGCUCUCAAAUUCCCUUACCAGGAUUGAGAUAGGAAGGGAUAUCUGAUCCAAUCGGGUGGAGGACAAGAUGAAUGUCCGUUAUCUGCAAUCAUGACACGAAAGCCGCGAAAAGGACAUUCUCCUGGAGGGAAGUCAGAGCCUCGCAGCGACGUCUUGCAAGAGACACGUGGUUGAGGGAUAGGCUUUGGUGGCCAUCUUAGAUAUAAUCGGAUAGAUUGUACAUCUGAUAGCGGAUAGAGUAUGAUUGGUCCCAGGAAAACGGGACCGGGUACGUGAUAAAGCAUAGCGGGAGGUACCUAAAGUACGGACGGGGGUGGCAGGACCCUGAGCCGCUGAGCGCUUUGGGCCGAGGUGGGUCGAGGAGGGGUAACUGGCUCCUGCUAGUCUCCUGAUCGAAGCCUCGAUAAAUGACGAUGAACGUGGUCUGACAUCGGGUUGUGAAGACGGUAAAGGGACAUUGACUUUAGAGGGACUACCUACAUGUACCUGUUCACAAACCUCGC